AAAAAACGAAAAAGAUACAAAAAAAACGAAAAUGUAUAUCCAGGAACAUUUGAAAGUUGUCACCCAACAACCGAAAAAGCUUCGGAUCAACCAACCAGCGGACCAAAAAAGAACCUUCGACAUGAUUUUCGUCAAAAAUUUCGCGAUCGUAACAAAUGGUGGUGUGAAACUGUGAAAAAGCGUGUGCAGAAUAGAAGCUACCACAAUACACAUCUGCUGGAGGAGAGAGAGAGAUGAUAUGAGAUUUUCACUGUCCCACUGUUGAUGUUAGCUCUGUAAAUUGCACAAAAUCUCUUUGUGAAUCACUGUAGAAAAAGGGCAUUGAGAAGAACAAGUGAUUACGAGACAUAUGAGAUUUUCCAUGGCAGCAUAGCUUAAGCCAAACAAUCUUGCACACCAUGUGACUCAUUCAUGUCUCCCCAGGAAGUUUUGGUUCUUUCUGAAUAACACCAAACCACCCUCUACCAGCAAUCCAUGCCCAGGAGGAGCAAUCAAGGUCUCUUGAGCCAGUGCUGCUACCUGGGUACGAGUGGGUGGACCUGUGAACAGGAAUUCCUCUUUCUUUCAAUGGAGGAAUUCUUAUACCUUAUUAAGCUAAAAUACCCCUCAAGGGAGGAGGCUCAUUGACCUCAAGAAAGGGGAUACCAAGCCGAGGGAAUGUGUCCAGUUGAUCUCAAGAAAUGCCUCUGCCGCCAUGAUUUCAUUUCCAAAAACUACAGAAAUUUCGUUCGCAAGAGGUUUUAGAAACAUGACUUUCAUUGAGGUGGUAAAAGUUGAUGUCCUUGGAUUUUGUAUUGCAUUCAGCUAUCACAACAAUGCAAUCAGUCCAAUUUUAUAGUUUUCUACUGAUAAAGGCAUCUAAGUAGGUGUGUUAAAUACAUUAUCAUAUUGCGUACUGUUGAAAUUUUACCUUUGAUCUUAUGAUAAGGGAAAAGAAGAAAAUAGAUGAAUCGUGGAAGGUAGGAGUUUCGAACGAGGACAAUAAAAGGCUAAACUGUGGUAGAAUGCUAAAGCACUAGUCUGCAGAAAAUGGGUACCAGAAGCAGAAGUGCUUGUACUUUUCUUUCAUUCCCAUUGCUUCUAUAUUUCUUGACGAUUCCAUCAGAAUGUGCAACUGAUACAUUAACUCACUCCCAACCUAUCUCAGUAGGUCAAACUCUCAUCUCUGCAGGUGAAGUUUUUGAGUUAGGCUUCUUCAGUCCUGGUAAUUCCAGUAAACUAUACAUUGGGCUAUGGUAUAACAACAUAACUGUCCGCAAAAUUGUGUGGGUAGCAAACAGAGAGAACCCACUUCCAGCCACAGACUCUGCCUCAAGUCUCAUAAUCGGUAGCGAUGGAACUCUGAGACUAUUAGAUGGCAUGAGGAACACUUUCUGGUUUACAAAUGUCUCUCUCCCGUCAAAUAACACAAUUGCAGUGCUUUUGGACAAGGGAGACUUUGUUCUUAAAGAUAAUGUCUCGGGAUUUAUCACAUGGGAAAGCUUUAACUAUCCCUGUGACACUUUUUUGGCUGGCAUGAUGAUAGGACUGAACACCAAAAUAGGAGAGAAACAUUUCCUCUCUUCCUGGGAGACCGAUAACGACCCAUCACCUGGAAAGUUUGUGCUUGGACUUACACCAGAGACACCACCACAACUUUUCCUUUGGAACAAUUCCAAGCCUUACUGGAGAGACGGUCCAUGGGAUGGAUGGACAUUCAUAGGUAUACCAAACAUUGGACAGGGCUAUGUCAAUGGAUUCAUCCUCAUAUUGGAUAAUGAACAGGGAACUGCGUAUCUCACAUUCAGCACAUAUAACAUCUCUUAUGUUGUAAUGGAUGUCCUUGCGCCAACAGGAACUUUGAAGACGAUGAAUUAGGAUGAAGAAAAAAAUGACUGGUUUGUUAGUUGGGUGGCAGUAGUGAAUCCAUGUGACAUCUAUGGAGUUUGUGGACCUUUUGGGGUUUGCAGCAACAAGAAUGGGUGUCCAAUUUGUGAGUGCUUGAAAGGGUUUGUACCAAAAUCAACUGAGGAUUGGAGCAAAGGAAAUUGGACAGGUGGGUGUGUGAGGCGAACUGAACUGCUUUGCCAAAAGAACAUUAGCAGACUAGCAAAUGGAACAGCUCAAAAUGACGGCUUUUGGAAGCUGAGUGGGUUGAAGCUGCCGGAUCAUUUUGAAUAUUUGUUCAAUCAGGAUUACUCAGGUAGCCAAUAGUGGUGUGUGAGUAACUGUUCCUGUGUGGCAUAUGCAUAUGUGACUGGAAUUGCAUGUAUGGUUUGGGCUGAAGACCUCGUGGAUGUUCAGCAGUUUUCAACAGACGGGAACGACCUUUUCCUCCACCUUGCAUAUUCAGAACUGGGUAUAGAUCAUAAGAAAAGAGAAAAAAUCACCAUCAUCUUUACGACAAUUUCUGAGGUUGUCCUCUUGGGUGCCUUCAUGUUUGGUUUGCACAGGUGGAGAGCUAACCAAAGAGUAAAGAGAAGAAAAAGGAUAAAAGGUUUUGGUUGGGGUGAUAGACUGGACAUGCUAAGAGAUCCUUCACAAGACCACGCAACACAUUCGGAGUCUUCAGAGCUACCAAUGUUAGACUUUGAUAAAGUAUUAGUUGCUACCAACAACUUCAGCAUCACAAAUAAACUUGGGAAAGGAGGGUUUGGCCCCGUUUAUUGGGGAAACCUAUAAGGUGGGCAAGAAGCAGCAGUGAAAAGACUUUCUAUUCAUUCAGGACAAGGUGCUGAAGAAUUCAAGAAUGAGAUCAAAUUGAUCUCCAAAUGGCAGCACAGGAAUCUUGUUAGGCUCUUGGGUUACUGCAUUGAUGGGGAAGAGAAGUUAUUGGUUUAUGAGUACAUGACAAAUAGAAGCUUGGACAUGUUUCUCUUCGAUGCAAAGAAGAGAAUGCAGCUUGAUUGGGCUAAACGCUUCAACAUUAUUCAGGGUAUUGCUAGAGGGAUUCUUUAUCUCCAUUGUGAUUCUUGUUUAAGGGUUAUUCACAGAGAUUUGAAGGCCAGCAAUAUUCUAUUGGAUGAUGAUAUGAAUCCAAAAAUUUCAGACUUUGGGUUGGCAAGAACUUUUCAACUAGCGCAAGAGUUGGCAAAUACUCACAGGGUGAUGGGAACAUUGCAUGGCAAUUGUGCAACAAAAACAGGGAAUUAGAGUUAGAGUUAAUGGAUGAAGCAAUGGCUUACUCAUGUUCCCGGUCAGAAGUAAUGAGAUGCAUACAUAUUGGACUUCUCUGUGUUCAGGACCACGUGACGGAUAGGCCAACCAUGUCAGCUGUGGUUCUCAUGCUGAGCAGUGAAAUGGAUCUUCCACAACCAAAACAGCCUACAUUUACCAUUCAAAGCUUGUCGGACACCGAUCUUCUAUCACUACACAACAAAUUAUGUUCCAUGAAUGCAGUCUCUGUGUCGCUUAUUGAAGGGCGAUGACCAUUUAACAAAUCAUGUUUAUUAAACCAAACAAGUCCAUAAUUUCAUGUUUCCAGUGUAGGCAUAUUUUCUAGUGUAUGUUGAUUUUGCUUUCUUCAAUUGACACAGUUACGGUGUUGGUAUUAUUUUCCAGCGACCACAACAAAUAUAGCAAGGAGUAUAGUCUUAGUAUUAAAGUUUGAAAUCGCUGUUAUGUAACACAGGCUGAUCGUCUCUGUUAGUUAUUUGCCAUUCAUAAGCUUGGCUUGCUAUAUCUUUGUGCAAUGAACCUCUCUGCCUUUCAGAUUGUGAUUUGGGUAUUAGUUCCAGAACCCCAACAAGUACUUUUUGUUGGUCUGUCUUGUCUAUCUUCUAUUCUUUCUCUUAAUUCUGUUCUGCAGCCAAGAAUGCAUAAGGCUCCUCGGUUAUGCAAGUGUACUGUCUCACCCCAUUUUGCAAUUCAAAUACUAGAUGGACCUCUUUAUGUGCUCUUUGACUCUUUCACUCUCAUAUUGACAA